UAUACGUUAAAGAUGUUUUCGUCUGAGUUCACUUCGCGCAACUCCGAAGAAGAAGACUUGUCUGACUGCGAUGAAGCUUUGGAUGAAGUGAACCAACGUAUCAAAGAAGCUUUCGAUAUCUUGAAGCGUGAGACGAACAAAGUUCGCAAGGAAAAGCGAUCGCUCGAUAAGGUCGCAAAGAAGCUGGAGCACGUCCAUUUUUCGACGAUGGUGCAACUUAACGUCGGUGGUCACCAAUUUUCAACCAGUGUGGCAACACUGAAUAGAGAUCCAGGUUCUAUGUUACAUGCCAUGUUUUCUGGAAGAUUUGACACAAAGCCCAGUGAGGAUGGAUCAUACUUCAUUGAUUGAGAUGGAACCCACUUCCGCUACA